AUACUAUUUCCGAGGUUCCUUGAAUGCAGCUCGGGGUUUGACAGCUCGACAGUCAUCAUGGCGGCUGCUAGCUAAACAAGCAGUGAGCAGCUUCGUCUUUUAUCAUCAUUUUAACGGAAAAUCACUGGAGCCGGGAAAUAGCAACGGACUGAGGCUGUGAGGACUCGUUUUUAACAUUUCCCGGUUUGCACGGAGCCGUUAGUCCGGCAUGUGAGGCCGCUUUUAACCGUCAGACAGCCCGUAGUUCACCGACAGGACAACAGAGGUCUGAGGCGGACAGUCGGUGCUGUUUGUUCACCUCGAGAGAUGAUUCACAGGUAAUCUGUGAACACCGCUCCUGCUGAUGUCAUCACCACCAGCAAACCCCCCCAUCGGGUCCCGUCUCCCGCCCUCCGCUGCCCUGGACUCCCUCUCCGUGUCUUCCCUCCUGUCGGGGGACUUGGACGAUGAAGGAGACGGAGGAAGGGGAGAGGAGGAGGACGGGCUGGGAGACCUGGAGGUGAACCCAUAUGACGGUUUGCCGUUUUCCUCGAGGUACUACUCGCUGCUGGAGGAGAGGAGGAAGUUCCCGGCAUGGAGGCUGAGGCAGAGUCUGCUGGAGCACCUGGAGAGCCACAACAUGGUGCUGCUGAGCACUCCAAGCGGGACGGGGAAGAGCACACAGGUCCCUCAGUGGUGCGCUGAGUUCGCUCUGUCCUUCGAGUUCUCUCACGGUCUGGUCUGCUGCUCUCAGCCGUACGCGGCAGCGGCGGUGAGUCUGGCUCUGCGUGUCGCCGACGAGAUGGACCUGAGUCUGGGGCUGGAGGUCGGGUACAGGGUGUCUCACGACGACAGCUGCACAUCGGACACCAUGCUCAGGUUCGUCAGUGACACCCUCCUGUUAGAGGAGAUGAUGUCAGACCCGCUGCUGCAUCAGUACGGUUUGGUGGUUCUGGACGAGCUGCAGGAGCGGACUGUCCCCACCGACGUGCUGCUCGGCAUGCUGUGUGACGUCUGCAGGCAGAGACCCGAUAACUUCCGGGUCGUUCUACUCACACACCCAAUGCUGGCUCCCCGUCUCUCGGCCUUCCUGGGGCCGUCGGUCCCUCACCUCAGCCUGGACACCCUACCCCCUGCAGGAGGUGAUGAGGAGGCGGGUGAGGAAGAGGAGGAGAGGAGGCCUGUGGAGGUGAAGAGGGUGGAGACGCUGUACCGGGAGCUCUCACCUGGGAGAGAACCGGUUUCUGCUGCGUGUCACAUGGUGCUGGAUCUGCACAGGAGGGGGGAGGAGGGAGACGUGAUGGUGUUUCUGGCGAGUGCUCAGGAAACAGAGGAGUGUAUGUCCCUGCUGGAGAAGGAGUGUGUCGCUCUCAGUCCUCAGCUCGGUGCUCUCAGGAUCAUCCCACUCCACGCAGGACUGGGCGGGCUGAUCCAGCGGGUCUACGAAGCGGACCCAAACAUCCUGAGGGAGAGCGACGGCUCGGAGGGUGUGGACGUCUCAGCGCUGGGAGCUGGAGGUCCUCCAGGGGUCAAGAGGAAAGUUAUCCUCACUGAUACUCUUGGGGAGGCGUCCUUCUCCCUGCAGGGGAUCCGCUACGUCAUAGACACAGGCCUUCAACUCAAAACUGUUUACAAUCCACAAAUUAGAGCCAACUCCCAGGACCUGAGGACGAUCAGCAAACAUCAGGCUGACAUGAGGACACAGAGGGUGAACAGCCACCUGCCAGGUCUGUGUCUCCGUCUCUAUCCUCAGUCUCUGUACGAUGAGGGGAUGGAGGAGGCUCACUGUCCCGGUGUGAUGGAGGAGAACCUGAGUCACUUGGUGCUGCUGCUGAAAAGACUUGACAUUGCAGACAUGGGGCAGUGCAAGUUCCUGGACCGACCAGCCCCUGAAGCACUCAUGCAGGCCCUGGAGGACCUGGACUACCUGGCGGCUCUGGAUGAUGAUGGUCACCUAUCAGAAGUCGGCAUCAUCAUGUCAGAGCUUCCUCUGGAGCCGUCACUGGCCAAAGCUUUAAUCGCUGCGUGCGAGUACGACUGUGUGGAUGAGCUGCUCACCAUCGCUGCCAUGCUAACAGCUCCUUCCUGCUUCCUGCCUGCAGACCCCAGCAGAGAGGAGGCGGCUGUCACACACUGGAGGCCUCUAAUGCACACAGAGGGAGAUCACAUGACCCUCAUUAAUAUUUAUAAGGCCUUCUUAGAGCAUAAUCAGGACGAGGCGUGGUGUGCGACAAACUUCUUGAGUCACGCAGCUUUACGAUUGGCCGUGGUGAUCAGGGCGGAGCUUCUGGAGGUGAUGCAGAGGAUAGAACUUCCUGUUUCUCCUCCUGCGUUUGGAUGCCAGGAUAACUGCACGAAUAUCAAACGCGCCCUCAUCUCAGGCUACUUCCUCAAAGUGGCUCACGAUGUGGAUGGCUCGGGUAACUACCUCCUGCUGACUCACCGCCAUGUGGCUCACCUGCACCCCUUCUCCUCUUACCUGUGUCGCCAGCCCUGCCCUGACCCCCCCAGCUGGGUGCUGUACCACGAGUUUACCAUCUCCAGAGACAACUGCAUCCGCAUAGCCUCUGACGUCCACCCUCAGAUGCUGAUGGAGCUCGCUCCUGCUUACUUCCUGGGGAACCUCCCAUCGAGCGACGCCAAAGACCUGCUGAUGGAGCUGAGGCAGAACCUGGAGCAGCAGACGUACGAGCAGGACGAAGCUUCAGACACACAGAGCCGGACUCACAGAGACGCAGGAGAGACCAGCACCGAGCUCUGCGUCAUCCAAUGAGACACUAAACACACCGCCGUCACUUUAAUGCUUGAGCUGAAAUUUGUACGAGAACUCGUCAGACAUUGAAAUGUUCUGAUGUGAUUCAAACUGACUUUUACCCGAAUGAAAUGCAGAGUUGUACUGUUAAUAUAUCUUUCAUGCAGUGGCUUUGGAAAACACUUUCCCUUUGUUGUGUUUACGUAAUUCUUAAUGUUAUUUAGGAUGUUUUUUAUUUAAUGAGGGAUUUCUGUGUUUCUGUCUGUGGGGUGUUCAAACGUCGAUUUUAAAUCGUAGCACAUCAAAAGAAAAACUUUAUAAACUUCUUCAGCUAAAAGCAAUAAGCACUACUAAAGUGAGCAGAGACACUGUUAUUGGAUGACCUUUGACCUCUAUGCAGAAGCUUCUCAGGACUCACUGUGAGGAGAAACUGUAAAGAGUUUCUAUUUUCAGCUUUUUGAUACUGUUUGUAUGACGUCGGGGUUGUUCUGCCUUUCUUCCUCCAUCUUUGUGUCCAUAAUGAAAGUGCAUAAAAAAAUCUGCUUGUCUUAUUUAAAAUGUUUUGUGUUAAAUAUCUGAGUGGAGUGAUUCCUCACUCUGCUGCUGUUCCUUUAUAGUCCUCUCCCUGUGAUAUCACCGUCUGUCCAAGGUAAAAAACUGUCUUGUAUUAAAUUAAAUCUUCAGAUUUA